CCAUGGAUGACUAUGCGCGUGCCGUGGCCUGGUGGUCUGCCAUGACGGGUGUGCCUCCCACAGUUCUCAUGUGCGAUGCGACUGAGAAUCUCUUCAACACCGUACGCUCGUGUACACAUGCGCUUCCUUCGCGUGAGAUAGUUGAGCACCACAUGAUGGACAUGUUCUCCACCGUUAGUAACAGCAUCAGCGCUGACAUGCAGUUGGCCCAUGCGUCCCUGGGGGCGUUGCCCUUCUGCCACACUAUAGUGCAGGCGUCGCCCUUCUACCAGUCGGCCUGUUAUGUGUCCAUGCACUGGACGCUAGUGACCCAUUCCAUCGCGUGGCAGGGUGGGGCGCAGUCGGUGGCGCAGAUGGACCACAAUCUGCUGCUCAAGAACGCCACAGGGCUGCCCAUGCACGAGGUGUGCAUCAGCAAGACCUGCACCACAGACCCAACCCAGGCGGCCCCCGGAAAACCACAGCCCUGCAGUUUUGUGUGCAUGGCCCAUCGACUACGGAUGUGUGUCUCGCAGUCUCUGCUGAACUCACAGGCACACCGGGAUCCACACACAGACCCAAACACACACCUACACACAAACCCAGACGCACACCUACACACAAACCCAGACGCACACCUGCAAACAAACCCGAAUGCGCAUACAGACACGCACAACACCUCCGCCGCUGCGCUGCCCCAUAUAGAGGGAGGGCAAAGCAAGCCCACGCCCUGUCAUGUGGCCGAUGCCUUGGGGAGUUUCUGUGAGCAGUUGGAGUGGUUUAUCCGCCCGCCAGACACUGUGCGGAUAAAGGUGCACGCGCACAUGCUGCAGAAGUGCCUGCAGAGCACUGGCAUGCGGAUUGAACCGCUUAACAUCUGCACGGACGAGGACAUACCAGUCCAUAUCGACGUGGACGAUCCCGACGACGACCAAUCACUGCUGCGCACCUGGGGUCGUAUAGUACACCUCAUUCAGCGCGACUUGGCCGUGGGCGUGGUCAACCAGGCCCUGCUGCGCCACAUCUGGACGUACAAGGUGUUGCUGGAUAUGUACUACGACAGUGUCCAUCAGUUCUGGUCCGCGUGUGAGACCGCCGAGAACACCCUGACGCACGAGAACGCGCACGAACUGAUCCUAUCGCCACAGACACUUUACAAGCUGCCGUGGGGUGCUGGUGAUGUGGAUAGGUACCAGCUUAUAUGGAAGUCAUAUCUGAAGCGAAAGUCAACGCCACCACAGACCGUGUCCCAGCUGCUCAAGACUGUGGAGAAUAAGGAUAAAUACCAGCUGAAAGAAGACUUUGCCUCAGCCGCCGCCGUCAGGUUUAUGCGCUGGUCCGAACUUGCGGAUAUCACGGGCGUGAUUGAUCUUUGGAACGGCUUGGCUGAUGCCAUGACCGAUCCCGCGCUGACUCUGACCGGCGCCUAUACCAAGCUGUGCACACUCUAUAUGGAUGUGGGGACCACAACCAUACAGACACGCACAGUAGACAGUGAUGAGUGUCUUAGGCGGACGGACACGGGUCUAGAUACGAACACGGAUAUGAUGGCGCCCGUUGUGGUGUCCAAACGGUACGAUGAGCUGCAGCCUGGGGCACGUGAGAUCUACAACCGCAUUCGCAGUCACAUUUCAAUGGCCUUCUUUCGCAGCCAUUGGUUCCCCGAGGCGGCGCAGAUUGCGCUAUAUUUAGAUCCGAUGAGUCACGCCACGCGCCUGUUAAAAAUGCUGUCCAAGCUCAUCCACGAACAGGAACAGGCCAUCUCCGACGGCAGCGGGACAGCGGCCGAGGACGCCAGCCGACACGCCGACGCACGCGCUGACACGUUCUAUAUGGACGUUGAGGAUACAGUCAACCGCAAGGGCCGUUUGUUGAAGAUGAAGCAGUUUUCGGCCCAGCUGGAUGAUCUCGAGGCCCAGACAUGCGCGCAGAUAAACGCACAGCAGCCGCAGCCCCCGCGGCUCAAGACCUUCAUGGACGAGGGCGACGGAGACCUGCACCACACGCCCACGUGCGAGGACAUACGGCAACGGCGCUCGGCGAUGGAGAUGCACUCAGAGCAAAUGGUCAAGAUGGAACUCACCAGCUACGUCAACGCGGCGUGCAUGAUCCAGGACUCCAACACCAACGGCAUGGACUGGUGGAAGCUGCACUCGCUCACCAACCCCGGUCCGGUGGCCCUGGCCCGGAUGUACCUGGGCCUGAGACCGACUGUGGGGCAAGUCUCCGUAUACAGUAUAGAUGGGGUUGCAGAUGGGAGUGGGGGGGUCGGCGUGGGGGGUAGUGAUACGUAUGCGGAGAUUGCCUUUACGAUCCGGGCCAACCAGGAUAAGGUUCUGGUGCGUGCGAGCUAGCAGAGCGCUGGGACUACAGGUGCAGAAAAGAAACAUAAAACGGUUUGUCCGAGGACUUUAGCCGGCAGCCCGUUUACGCGAAUCUAGUCGUUUCGGUAACCGAUCAAAAUGAACUACGAACACGCCAAAUACAGUGCCGCUGCCAUCGCAAACACGAUGGAGAAGUUGUAAACGGAACCUAAUAACCGUUCAUUUGUGGAGGCUAUGACUUAUUUUAUUUAGUUAACAAAAAGCAAACCAGUUCUUCCUUGAAGCUCCAGAAACGGCACGGCUACAAAUGGACACAGCAGCGAAACUGGUCGCACGAUUGCAGAUCACAUCUACAUCACUAUUUGCCCACAACACUCCAAAGCCCCCCAAAACACUUGCUUCCGUGUUUAAUAA